ACCUAUGUCCACUCUCCUAACUCCUAUCCUUUCUCUUUUCUCAUACCCAACUUUUCUUUUCAUUUUCACUACCAGUAUCCUGGCCCCCUAGUAUCUCUUCAUACAUUCCAAGAUGAUGUUUGGUGGCCGGCAGUGGUGGCUUACCUCCGACACAUCGCAGAGGUACAAAGGCGGUGGCGGUGGGAAUGGUUGUGUUGUAAAUAUAGGUGAAGGAUGAAAACGUAAAAGAAAAAACAACUACAAGGCUUUGCAAUUGCGCUCUCCUGAGUUUCUAGCCUUGUUGAACCAGGCCAGAGUUGGGAGAGCAGCAUUGUUGCAUUGCCGUGGGGAAUUGAGGGUAGCGGUCCGAUGUUAGUUUAACUUUAAGUCCUUAAUUAUUGUUUUUAAUUCCUUUUUUACCCUUAGUUUAACCUCUCCUUUUCUUCUCUUUUCAUUUUGGCAUUAGUGUUGUGAUAUGAACAUGGGAUGUAAGAGAUGCAUACUGAGUUAGCUUAUGUUAAGGUUGAUUAGGUUUUUAUUGUUGGAGGUUUUAAGUUCGAGUCGAGUUUAAGAAGUUUGGAUUUUGUAGAAAUGCUUCUGGGCAUGCAUCACUUACACUCAUUAUGUAGCAUGUAAGAGUAUUUGCUUUUGGAAUGAAUUAAAGAUCAAGAA